GGUCCUUGUGUACAUACACAGCGCACUAUAAACACUAGGCACGCCAACAGUGAUAUUUCUCUGUUCAGCAGCAAAGGCGCCGCUACCUAAAUCAAAAAGAACGGGAUAAGAAAGCGUAGCUCCCUUCUCUGCUUCCGUCUCCUCUUUCAUUUCAACUGGUAUUUAUUAGUAUUUCUUUUCUCCGCUUUUGAUUUUGUUUUGCUGCUUCACUGCUGCGUAUCCGUGCUUCCCGUGCCCCUCAUCACGAUGCUGAAUCGUGUGAAUGCCUUCCUCGAGGCGAUCGACAAGAAGACGGAGGAGAUGGCCGAUGCGGCUGAGGAAAGCGACAUCGCACGCGCCAUUGAACAGCAACGACAGCAACAGCAGCAGCAGCAGUACCGCCUGCACAGCACCGCCACGUCCUCCCAUCAUAAUGGCAGUAGCGCACCUCAUCCCAUCGUCACGGACGUGCGAAGCACCAGUAGCACUGCUAGUGCCGGUGGUGGUGGCGUGAGUGCGGCGAGCGCGUCUCUUCCUCCCCGCAAUCCAUCUGCGACGACCCCCACAGGCAACAGAGGAGCGGGGCUCAACAGCGGCUCCUCCUCAUCCGCCGGUGCUGUCCCACCACCAACGCCUUCCACGUCCGCCUCGCUGCGGACGUCUGCGCAGUCACAGGGCUCUACUACCACUACUACUACUAAUAAUAAAGCUACCACCGUUGCUGCUGGUGCUGCAGACGCGUACGCGGGUGUUCACCUCGUGCCCCUAUCCUUGCCCACAAAGCUUCCUUCGUUCCGCCCCUCUCUGGCAGAGAUGGACGACCACGCCGAAAGGUUUGAGGUAGGGUUGAGCUCCGCUGCAGGUGACGGUGGUGGUAAUGGUAGUGAUGAGGCGGCCGCCCACGCGUAUCUCCUCUCCGCUGAUCCGGCGGCAACGUCGUCAUCGCUGGCGCGUCUGCAGUCCCGCUGCGCAUCGCUGGAUGCGGAAAAGGCGCGGUGGCAGCAGGAAGCCGCCACGCACAAGGCACAGUGCAGUGCGGCGCGCGACUCUCUGUGGAAGGCAGAGCAGGAAGCGCGCUCGUGUCGCACGGCGCAGCGGGAUGCCGAGCGCGCCCUCGCCGCCUACAAGGAAACCGCGCAGCGACUGCUGGACGAGGCGCAGCAGGAGGUGCGGCGCGCCCACGAGGUAGCCGCUGCUGGUACGGCGGACGCCGCCACGUCCUCCUCUUCUUGUUUGUCUGCCGCGCAACGGGAAGAGCUGGCGCAUGCGCAUGAGGUGCACCAACGACUGGAGCUGCUGCAGGCGGAGCACACGGCCCUUCUCUCCGAGGUGGACCGCUGUCACGAAGAGACCGCCAAGGCGGCGGCGGAGCUGCAGCGGGUGCAGGACACGUGUCGCCAGUCGGAGACGCAAGCGGACGAGCUGCGGCUGGCGGUUCAGGCAGCGCACGAGUCGCUGGAGGGCGAGGUGGCCGCCCACGCAGAUACAAAAAAUGCGCUGCGUGCGCUUCAGGCGCAGCGUGAGCAGCAGCAGCAGCCACUACGGCAGAGUAGCCAGGGUGGUCUCGCAAGCGAUGCGGCGGAGGCGGACGAGAGUGGGGAAGGGGGUGCACACCACGCAGAUGUCGCACAGCUGCAGCGCGAACUGCGAGAGGCGAAGCAGCGACACCAGCUGCUGCUGCUGCAGCUGAGCAACAAGCAAACCGUGCUCGACUCCGCAGAGCGCGAGGCGGCGGAUGUGAAGGCGCGGUACAACGAACUGGCCCGGCAGUUCGAUGAUGCGCAGGUGGAGGUGGCAGCCGGGUUUCGCCCGCCUGGUUUGCCCCCGAGCGAAUAUGGUUUGGUUGCCGCUGGUGGUGAUGGGGGUGGUUCUCAUCGGGCUCGCGGCGUCGUCGCCGGGGGUGCUCUCUCCGCGGCUAUCGAUGAAGCCGGUGGUGCUGGCAGUGGGCGUGGCAGCAAUAGCUCGCAGGAUGCACUGAAGCGCAGCCCGGCGAUGGUGCGACUCGUCCGACACCACGGCGCUGCAGGUCGUGUGGCGGUGUCCGUGCUGUCCGCCGUCGAUGACGCCGCGCUCCGUCUUGGUCGGACGCUGACACACUCUCGAUGGAUGUCGCGCGUCUUGUUGAUGGGGUACAUUGCGCUGUUGCAGCUGUGGGUGUUGCUGCUCGUUCUAGCGAACAUGAUCAGCGAAGAGAGAGAGCGAAGGUCCAUCUCCCAAACUGAACCGACGACACGUGUUCCAGGUUUCACGUGA